AUGAGAGAGACGAUGGCCAGCAAACAGGACCGUGAAUAUGCAAAUAAAAACCGAUCUUUUCACCCACCCGUCCAUCCAUCCAUUCAUCCAUCCGUUCAUCUGUCCAUCCGUCCGUCCGUCCGUCCGUCCGUUUGUUCGUUCGUUCGUUCGUGGGACGCCGAAUGGACGUCGAUCUUGCAGACGCUCGAAGGUGUGUCUGCCCCAAAGAGUCUUGUUGUUCCACCACUUGCCGCGUCAGCAUGGCCUCCACGUGCCGGGUCUCGAACUUCAACCUACCGGCUGCAGGCUCCUGCGUCCAUCUUUAAACCAAUUCCAGGUUAG